AUGGCCGUGGGCAAGCAAUGGACGCGGCUGCGCACGCUCGGCCGCGGCGGCUCGGGGGCUGAGGUCUUCCUCGCCGCGGACGAUGUGUCGGGCCAGCUCUUCGCGCCACAAGCCGUGGAGAGCAAAAGCAAAUGGGUGUCGCCCAAGAGCACGCUGGACGCGGCAUUCUGGGGGUCGGAGUCAGACACCGAGGAGGCGGAGCACGACAGCACGGCCGAGAGGAGGAUCGGAGCAUUGGCCUGCCCUGCCUCGGCGCUCCCGGACUGGGACUCCGACGAGGGCUGGAUCGACGUGCUCUCCGCACCAACCGAAGCAGCGGACGCAGACGCCGUGCCGGCCAAGGAGACGACUGGCAUCAUCGCAGGCAUUAUCGCGAUCACAAGUGAAGAAGAAUCAGUACUAGAUGCAGAGUCGGGCUUUCCCGACAUUGCCGUUGACGUAGAGCACAGCAGGAGCUUCCUCGACGCAGGAGAAGCAUAUGAGGCUGAUCCAGUCGUUAGGCAUUACCAGUUUUUGAAGAGUUUAGUUUCUGGCCAAUUAGUGUCAUGCACUUGUAAAUUAUUAGUGCAAAGAGUACUGUUUUGCAACAUAAUCACUGAUGCAAUCGAAUUCGUUGAUACACAAACAGUAUCCCGCUUGGCGCCGCUCCUCUGUUUUGUCCGCUCAUACUUCUGCUCCCCAUUGCUACGUGAUAAUGAUGGGUUCACCCGAAAAAAAAAGAUAAUGAUUGACGAUUUAAAGGAAAAAUUAGGUUGGACUUAG